AUGGAGGAACUGGCUCGUGAAAGCAUACGGAGCAUCAGCCUACUCUACAAACCUGCGCGAGGUUCAGAGGUGCCGCGCCUGGGAUCGUUCGGGGCAAUUUUCAUCAUGCUCAAGUCAGCGUUGGGCGCAGGACUACUCAACUUCCCAUGGGCGUUCGAGAAAGCGGGUGGCAUUAAUACAGCAAUCAGUGUGGAGAUGGUAUCUCUGGUCUUUCUGAUCAGUGGGUUGGUCAUCCUGGGUUAUGCCUCAUCCAUCAGUCGACAGAGCACCUAUCAGGACGUAGUGCGAGAGGUGUGCGGUCGCAGGAUUGGUCACCUUUGUGAGGUCUGCUUUGUCUUCAAUCUCUUUAUGAUUUCUGUGGCCUUUCUCGUGGUGGUGCAAGACCAGUUGGAAAAAUUGUGUAUGUCUCUGUAUGAGACGAUGACGGGGUCGAGCGAGACGGAAAUGCCAUAUCACUGGUACACAGAUCAUCGCUUUGCACUCUCUGUCAUAUGCCUCAUCAUCAUUCUGCCCCUCUCAAUCCCCAAAGAGAUCGGCAUCCAGAAGUACACCAGUGUACUAGGGACCCUGGCAGCGACGUACCUUAGUGUGGCCGUCAUAGUUAAAUACUACAUGAAGGAGGAGCACAAUGCUGACACCAGCCCAGAGCACAGAACGGGGUUGGACUCCUGGGCCUCUAUGUUCAGUGUGGUUCCAACAAUCUGUUUUGGCUUCCAGUGCCAUGAGGCUUGUAUUGCCAUCUACAGUAGCAUGGAGAAUAAAAAGCUUUCUCACUGGGUGUUCAUCUCAGUGGUUUCCAUGUUCUUCUGUUUGCUUAUCUACACCCUCACUGGGGUAUUCGGUUUCCUUACGUUUGGUCAGGACGUGGCUUCGGAUAUUCUGAUGUCCUAUCCUGGAAAUGAUGUGGUUAUGAUCAUUGCCAGACUGCUGUUUGGGAUCUCCAUCAUCACCAUCUAUCCUAUAAUAUUACUGCUGGGCAGGUCUGUGAUUUUGGCCCUGAUUCUGAGUUACCGAGAGCACCAGGCCAUGGUAACGGCAGUGUUUGAGAGUCGAUGUCGGGUGAUUCUGACAAUUCUCUGGAUCACGGUCACACUCCUAAUUGCAAUCUAUGUACCAGACAUGAGUGAAGUCAUCAGUGUUAUUGGAGGAAUCAGUGCUUUUUUCAUUUUUAUCUUCCCUGGGUUGUGUCUGAUUUUUGCCAUGCAGACAGAACCAAUCAAUCACAGAAUUAGAACGAUGCUGACAUGGUGGGGUGUGGUCACAGUUGUCACUGGAGCGUUCAUCUUUGGCCAAAGCACUACCAUUGCUAUUAUGGAGCUUGUGCACAAGUUUUAA